AUGAAACUUGCAUCAAUAACUUUGGUUUUGUGCGCUGUCGCGUGCCUGGCGGCGGGAGAUGGAAGCAUCCUGAAGGCCAAGGCUCGCCUGUUCAGCAAAUUGGGACGGCACCACAAGCGCGGCGUGCUGGCCGGGGUGCCGACGUACAAGGUCGGUUACGAUAUCCCUCACGUCUCGCAUUCAGUGGUGAAGCCUCUCGUGGUGACGUACCCUCCUGCAGCAACCGUUACGACUGUGAAAGUGCCGUUGUCGCAUCCAUUGAUACCGCACCAUCCGCACCGCGCGCCUGGACAUCAUCCGCACUUUGGACUCAAGUUCCCGCACACUAAGACUGUGGUGUUGCCGAGGCCGAACCCUCAUUUCCACCACCAUCACCAUCACGUGGCUCCACGUCCUGUGGUGCCGGUUGCACCGGCUGUGCCCCUGCCCGCCCCCGCUGUACACGUGCCAGCGACCCCAGUAGUCCCUAUUCCUCAGCCAACAGUCACCGUGGCGCGUCCUCUGCCGCCUCCGCCACCACCACAAGUACUGGUCCAACCCACGCCACUUUUACCCGCUCACCACAUACCAGUAGGACCUCCCCCAGUUCCCAUCGCUCCUGCAGUGCAUUCCCAUCUUAGUCCACUGUUGCCUGCGGCGACUAUUCCUCUCCACCAGCCUGUUCUUCCAGCCCCUGUUCCACUUGCUCCUCAACUACAGUAUGUAUUGCGGCCAGGAAAUGCUGUUCAGACUUCCUUCUUUGCAACUUACCCAAGGUAUCCACUGGUGAACCAAUAUCAGUCUGUGUUCCCGCUUGCGGCUCCAGCUGCGGUGGCGCCUCCCCCUGUAGCGGCUUCUCCGGGGCCAGUGUUUUUGGAGAGGCCUCAUGUGCCACAUUUCCAUGUAGCACAAGGCGCUGCAGUCGUGCCGCAUCAGCAUGCGGUCGCCGUAGAACCUACACCGGCACUGGUUCACGAGACUCAUGCAGUUCAACAACCGGCGUUCCAUCUUCAUCCGACGCAGCAAGUGGCGGUGGAGCAUGACGGUUGGGCGCCGGUGCCGACGCAUCCUCACGAUGUUCCUCAGUUCACGCCACAGGAACACCAUCAUUUGACACAGGAGGCUCACCCCCACUUCACUCAAGAGCAGGGCACUCAAGUUUACGAGCAUCACACUGGUAAUGAGCAGCAGUACCACGAGCUGCAACACCAUAUACAACAGCAGCUUGACCAGGCACAGUACGAGCAACACUUGCACAACCAGCAUCAAUUAAACCAGGAGUAUGGCGCGCCGCAAGAGAUACCCCAGGCAUACGCACAUCAUGAUUUAGGUCAGCAUCAGCAAGAUUUUGCAAAUCAUCAACAAGAUUUUAUUAAUCAUCAACAAGAUUUCAUUAAUCAUCAGCAAGAUUUCGAUAACCAUCAGCAGGAUUUUGCUAACCACCAGCAAGAUCUUGCGAAUCAUCAACAGGACUACGCUCAACACCAACAGGACUUCGCGCAUCAACAGCAAGACUUUGCUCAUGACUUUCAUUAUCAACAGCCUGGGUCCGAGUACGGUACACCGGGCGUUGAGGGGCGGAGUAGCAACGAAGCAGAGGCGGAGGGAGACGAGCUUAAAUUCCGCAACCAUAUUCCUCUCGGGCUUCAGCCGCCGAUCGAUCGCCCCCUAGAACACUUUCGGUAG